AUGCCUGGCCUUGUAUCGGCCACCGGAGUGCUGGCCUUCCUUGCCGAUGAGGAGCCUGAACUCAAGGUUUUUGCCUUGCAGACUUUGAACGAUGACAUCGACACUGUAUGGACCGAGGUGGCCGGCGCCCUGAACCAAAUCGAGGCAUUAUAUGAAGAUGAGUCUUUCCCCGAACGACAGCUCGCCGCUCUUGUCCUCGCCAAGGUGUAUUACCAUCUUCAAGCAUACAAUGACAGCAUGGUUUUCGCUUUGGCUGCUGGAGACCUCUUCAAGCUGGAUUCGCCCGGCGAGUUUGAAGAGACUAUCAUCUCCAAAUGCGUUGAUCAGUAUAUUGCUACCACCGCUGCAAAGAACUCCAAACCACGCGCUUCGAAGAAGACCGAUCUCCCGGAACUCACAACAACCUUCUCCAAUGCCUCUGACAGUGCUGUCAUGUCCCCAACCACGCCAUUCUCCCACACAACCUUGCCCCCCAAGUCGCUCCUUUCGCGUACUUCACUCGACAACACUAUACUCGACGCCACUUUUCAGCCUGUAGUCAAGCAGGGCAGGUCCGGUUCCAUCGCCGAGCUGCCCAACCGGGACAUUGAAGACUCCUUGCAGCGCGUGAUCGAGCGUCUGUUUGCAAGCUGCUUGAAACAAGGCCGAUACAGGCAAGUUGUUGGUAUUGCCGUUGAAGCCAGGAAUCUUGAAGUUUUGAGGCGCGUAAUUAAGCAGGCAAGUGAAGACGAAAAGAACGCCAGGUCCAAGUCACAGGAUGGACUCCAAGGCCCAGCCGAGGAACUCAUGGAGUACACGCUUGGUAUCUGCAUGGACAUCGUGCAGGAGCGAAGCUUCCGCACCGAGAUUUUGCAACUAAUUCUUGAUCUCCUGAACGACAUACCCAAUCCAGAUUACUUUGCCAUUGCGAGAUGCGUUGUCUACCUCAAUUCGGACGAUGAGGCUUCACGCAUGCUCCGUACUUUAGUGUCUAAUGGUGACCGUACCUCUAUCGCCAACGCUUAUCAAAUAGCGUUCGAUUUGCACGAUAAUGGCACACAAGAAUUUCUAGGCAGGGUACUCGCAUCUUUACCGGCUGCGAAACCUAGAAAGGAGGAGGUUGAAGCCUCGGAUCAAACCGCAGAAAACGAGCCUCUUUUGGACAAUCAACAGGGAGACCCCGAAGAAGACUUGCCUGAAGGCGAGGCCAAAGCUUACCGCAACAUCCGGUCAAUUCUUGACGGAUCAAAGACUAUUCGUUUAAACCUUGAGUUCCUGUACCGCAAUAACCACACCGAUCUUAGCAUUUUGAACAAGGUACGCGAUAGCCUCGAGGGACGCAACUCGAUUUUCCAUACCGCUGUCACCUUUUGCAAUGCAUUCAUGAACCAAGGGACAACAAAUGACAAAUUCUUCCGGGAUAAUUUAGAAUGGCUAGGUAAGGCUGUUAACUGGUCAAAAUUCACCGCCACGGCAGCACUUGGAGUCAUUCAUCGAGGUAAUUUGUCACAGUCCAGAAAGCUUCUUGAGCCAUAUUUGCCUCGGCAGGGAGGACUUAGCAGCGGCUCCAUCUUUAGCCAAGGCGGUGCCUUAUAUGCCUAUGGUCUUAUCCACGCCAACCACGGCGCCGAUGCGUUGGACUACCUUAAAGCCCAGUUCAGUCAAGCUGAAGAGGAAGUCGUUCAGCAUGGUGGCGCUCUUGGACUUGGUAUUGCCGGCAUGGCCACAGGGGAUAUGGAGAUCUUUGACAAGCUUAAAAACAUUCUGUUCCAAGACUCAGCACUCAACGGUGAGGCCGUUGGUCUGGCAAUGGGUCUCAUCAUGCUAGGAACCGGCAAUGUGAAGGCUCUGGAGGUUAUGAUCACGUAUGCUCACGAGACAACACACGAGAAGAUUGUUCGCGGUGUUGCUCUGGGCAUGGCGCUCAUUAUGUUUGGCCGACAAGAAGGAGCAGAUGUUUUAGUCGAAGGGCUUCUCAACGACCCGGAUCCUACACUUCGAUAUGGUGGUAUCAUGACAGUGGCCUUGGCCUACUGCGGAACCGGAAGCAACAAAGCCAUCCGAAAGCUUCUUCACACUGCUGUCAGCGAUGUGAAUGAUGAUGUUCGUCGAAUCGCCGUCAUGAGUUUGGGCUUUAUCCUCUUCCGUAAGCCAGGCAGCGUUCCUCGAAUGGUUGAGCUGCUCUCUGAGUCGUAUAACCCUCAUGUCCGCUAUGGAUCCGCCAUGGCUCUCGGUAUUUCUUGCGCCGGAACUGGCCUCGAUGAGGCUAUUGACCUUCUCGAGCCAAUGAUGAAGGAUCCCACCGACUUUGUUCGACAGGGAGCCCUCAUCGCCCUCUCGAUGAUCAUGGUACAACAGAACGAUGUUAUGAACCCCAAGGUCUCCUCUAUUCGCAAAACACUCAAGAAGGUUGUCGGUGACCGCCACGAAGAUGCCAUGACCAAGUUUGGCGCUGCCCUAGCUCUUGGUAUUAUUGACGCUGGUGGUCGCAACUGCACCAUCGGCCUCCAAACGCAGACUGGUAAUCUCAAUAUGGCCGGAAUAGUUGGAAUGGCCGUGUUUACUCAGUAUUGGUACUGGUUCCCCUUCACCCACUUCCUUUCUCUGAGCUUCUCUCCUACAGCCAUCAUUGGCCUUGACCAUGACCUAGAGAUGCCCGACAUUAAAUUCCACUGCGCCACCCGACAGAGCCUGUUCGACUAUCCGCCAGAGCAAGAAGUCAAGGUUGAGGAGGGUCCUGCCUUGAUUGCUACGGCGAUUUUGUCAACAACAGCCCAAGCCAAGCGUCGAGCCCAGAAGAAAGAGCGUGCUCAGCGACGUGAGAGUAUGGAUCUUGAUACUGCACCUGCCAAGGGUGUUGAGAAGAUGGAUGUAGAUGAGGAGAAGAAAGAGUAUUCCAAGGACAAGAAGGACACGGAUGAUAAAGACAUUGCUUCUGCCGAAACCAAGAAAAAACCGGAGAAGGAGAAGGUCGGCUAUGAUAUUGAGAAUAUGAGUCGUGUUCUGCCGGGACAACUGAAGUAUGUCAGCUUUCUAGCCGGGCGAUACAAGCCAGUAAAAAAGCCUACUGGUGGCCCGCUACUGCUCGACGAUACCAAACCCGAGGAGCCCAAAUCACUCAUUGAAGAGAAACUCAAGAAGGUCACUACCGAGCGUGCUCCGGUGGCAGGUCAGGGCCGAAGUGGCGCGGGCGGCCGAUCCGGUAGACCGACCACGACUUUGUUGGACGGCCUUGUUGACCCAACACGUGCGGCAGGCAGCAGCCAAGUGAUGAGUCAGCUUCUUCGUGGCCAAGGAUCGUUUUUGGGUGACCCGCAGACGCCCAGCGGAAACACUGGAAUCGGCGCGGGAGCUGCAGCCGCGGCUGGUGUACUGACUGCUGUCGAUGAGGAUGGAGAAGGGGAUGAGGAGGCGCCAACACCUGGUGAAUUUGAGUACUUCACAGAUGGUGAGGACAAUGAAGAUUAA